AUGAGCGUCAAUAACGAUGAUGUCCCGAUGGGAGACGUCGACGCCAGAAACGACCAUCACCUCCCUCUAUCUACGGAUGAGCAGCGCGCUCUGGACCUGUAUGAUACCCUUCAAAAGUUGCGAGUAGAGAUUGCCCUUCUCAAUGCACAGCUUGCGAACGCGUCAGAGUCGCAAAGCUCAGACGAUAUCCCGGAGCAGACGAGGCAGGACCUCCUUGAUGCAAGGGCAAUGUUCAAGCUGCGGCAAGACGCGGUCGACACCGUCAUGAUCGCCAACCCGGUCCUCAAGGCCGUGCACAACGGCACCGACGCGACGCCAGUGGAACGGCACGUUUACGCUCCCUUCCGAGACGACGCUGCCAUCGCCGUCUCAAAACACGCGUCGGCGGUGGAAACCACGCUCGGCGAGUCGACGCGUGUCCAAGCCGACACGGCCCUGACAGUUGCCAGAAACGUCGAGCUGGUCGCGGAGCUGCUGGACCUGGCAGCGCAGGUCGAAGAGAGGAAACGAGGACAUCUGAACGACGCCAGGUCGCAGGGCGAGGUCCGGCGGUUAGAGGAGCAAGUCAGGCUUAGCAAGCGGCGGUGGCAAGUUGUCAAGGGCUUGUCCAGUGGCAUUGUUGCGGGCAGCGGCGUCGACUGGGCGCGCGAUGACGAGCUUCGGGACAUGGUGCUUGACCCGGACGACGACGACGACCCCUAA